AUGGAGGGUAAGAAGACCGAAGGGAAACAAAAAAUUCCCAUGAUGAAAAUAGAAAAUGAAAGCGAUCGUUAUGCCUCAUUUUCUAAACGUCGUUCUACCUUAUAUGAUAAAGCUAGUGAACUGGUUGGAGAGUGCGAUGUUGAUAUAGGUAUAAUUCUUUUCUCCCCAGCGAAUAAGCCUCAUUCAUUUUUUCAUCCAACUGCUGAAGCCGUUCUUGAUCGUUUUAAGAAUCCUGUUUUCACUAUGUUGAAUUUGUCAAAACUUGAAUUUAUGGCACUUGACAUCUCUGGAAAUAAUUAUUUGCCAUGGUUACUUGAUGCUGAAAUUCACCUUGGUGCUAAAGGUCUUGGUGACACUAUUAAAGAAGGAAAUGAAGCAUUAAGUCAGGAUAACGCGAAAGCCAUGAUUUUCCUUGGCCAUCAUCUCGAUGAAAGGUUAAAAAGUGAAUAUUUAACCUUGAAAGAUCCAUUUUAA